CGUGAUUGAAACGUCUGGUCAAAUCACCUGAUCUGUUGUGCUGCCAUCCAGCUAAAAAAUGGCUGCCCAUCUUUCAUACGGAAGAGUAAAUUUAAACAUUUUAAGAGAAGCGGCACGGAAAGAGCUUCGAGAGUUUUUGGACAAAUGUGCAGGAAGCAAGGCCAUAGUUUGGGAUGAGUAUCUAACUGGGCCGUUUGGACUGAUAGCUCAGUACUCCUUACUUAAGGAACAUGAAGUUGAAAAGAUGUUUACCCUCAAAAGUGGCCGGCUCCCCUCUGCCGAUGUCAAGAAUAUAAUCUUCUUUGUGAGACCCAGACUGGAGCUUAUGGACAUCAUUGCUGAAAAUGUGUUAAGUGAAGAUAAAGUUCACCCCGCACGAGACUUCCACAUUUUGUUUGUGCCUCGGCGGAGCAUGCUGUGUGAACAGCGGCUGAAGGAGCAGGGUGUGCUGGGCUCUUUCAUCAAUAUUGAUGAGUACAUCCUGGACCUGAUUCCUUACGAUGGUGACCUGCUCUCCAUGGAGUAUGACAGUGCUUUCAGGGAGUGCUACCUGGAAAAUGACCAAACAAGCCUGUACCAUACAGCUAAAGGCCUCAUGACAUUACAGGCACUUUAUGGUACUAUUCCACAAAUAUAUGGAAAAGGAGACAGUGCAAGGCAUGUUGCCAAUAUGAUGUUGCGGAUGAAGAGGGAGUUCGCUGGCAGUCAGAAUCAGAUCCUGCCUGUGUUUGAUACUCUGCUCCUCCUGGACCGUAACGUUGACCUCCUCACCCCUCUGGCCACGCAGCUCACCUAUGAGGGUCUAAUUGAUGAGAUUUUUGGAAUAAAUAAUGGAUAUGUGAAGCUACCUCCUGAGAAGUUUGCACAGAAGAAACAAGGUGAAGCUAGUAAAGAUUUACCCACGGAGCCCAAGAAGCUGCAGCUCAAUUCAGCAGAAGAACUGUAUGCAGAAAUCCGAGACAAAAAUUUUAACGCUGUUGGUGCGGCGCUCAGCAAAAAGGCCAAAAUUAUUUCUGCUGCUUUUGAGGAACGCCAUAAUGCUAAAACAGUGGGAGAGAUAAAGCAGUUUGUCUCCCAGUUGCCUCACAUGCAGGCAGCACGAAGCUCACUGGCUAAUCACACCUCGAUUGCUGAGCUGAUUAAGGACAUUACAACAUCUGAGGCCUUUUUUGACAACCUGACAGUGGAGCAGGAGUUUAUGACAGGUGUCGACACAGACAAGGUGAACACUUACAUAGAAGACUGCAUUGCCCAGAAGGAUCCGCUGAUCAAGAUUCUGCGUUUGGUGUGUAUGCAGUCAGUCUGCAACAAUGGCCUCAAGCAGAAGGUGUUGGACUACUACAAGAGGGAGAUACUCCAGACUUAUGGCUAUGAACAUAUACUAACCCUGAACAACCUGGAGAAAGCAGGUCUUUUGAAGCUGCAGACGAGCUCAAGGAAUAACUACCCCACUAUUAGAAAAACCCUCAAACUGUGGAUGGAGGAUGCCAAUGAGCAGAACCCUAACGACAUCUCAUACGUAUACAGCGGCUACGCUCCACUAAGCAUCCGACUGACUCAGGUGCUGGCCAGGCCUGGGUGGCGUAGCAUCGAAGAAGUGCUGAAGAUGCUUCCAGGUCCUCAUUUUGAGGAAAGACAGCAGCUUCCAUCUGGACUUCAUAAGAAACGCCAACAGGGGGAGAAUCGAACCACGCUGGUGUUCUUCCUUGGAGGAGUGACGUAUGCAGAAAUAGCUGCUCUCCGUUUCCUUUCUCAAAUGGAGGACAGUGGGAUGGAGUAUAUCAUAGCCACUACAAAACUCAUUAAUGGGACGACUUGGAUCAAAUCCCUGAUGGACCGACCAGAGUCACAGAUGCCCUGAUUUACCUGCACGCUCAGCUGAGAACAUCCAGCACCCAUUCAUCAGAAAAUGUCGGCCUCUUACGUCCAUUUCAGUGUACCAGUGGUGUUCUAUUAAUAUCUGCGAUGGUUGAAUAGUAGAGGCUCUUUAAAAAGUGCCAUCUGGAAAGGUGUGUUAAAGGGAAUGCUCCUGACCAGAACCCUUUUGUAGAUCCUUUCUAAGCACCUGUGGUUAAAAUGUCUAUCUGGAUUCAUUCUACUUCCUAUUCUUUGUCCAUGUACUUUGCCUUUCCAUUGUUACUUGCCUGUUACUGCUUUGCAGUAAAGAUAUUGUAUAUAUGUACGUAUUAUUAGAAUAUUUACGAUAUUUGUAAGGACCUAAGUGUCAUGAUAUAGUGAAAAAUGCUCUUUGAUUUGCAUUUUAAAAGCUUUUGUAAGGGUUUUUGUUAUGUGGCCUUUGCUGGGUUAAAAAAGAGGUAAAUAAAAUAUUAAUAACC